AUGCCACUUCUUACCUUGAGCUUUGCCGUCUUCUUUGGGGUUGCUGUCCGCCUAGCUGCAUGCUCUGCGGACAAAUGUGCAUCACUCGGCGCCCAAAUUCUGGUUCCUAAUAGUACGAUUCUUAUGUAUAAUUACUUACUUAAUGGCACAACUAUUGAACUUCCCGGGACCGUCGAGUCCUGUGGAGGCCCAAGCCUCAAAGCUAACGCCACAGCCGAUCUCUGCCGGUUUGUGUUCACCGUCACGACUUCUCCCUCGAGCGAGAUACAGCUAGAAGCCUGGCUUCCCGAUUUGCAGACCUGGAACGGAAGAGUAUUAGCGACAGGCAAUGGUGGCAUUGGGGGAUGUAUCGACUACGCCACUAUGCAAAAUGGAGCUGGACUGGGAUUUGCAUCUUUCGGGACUAACUCUGGACAUAACGGAUCAGUGGGGUAUGAGUUUUUCCUGGACCAACCUGAGGUUAUCAACGAUUUCGGGUAUAGAGCUAUCCACGUCGAAGCAGAGAUCAGCAAGGUAUUGGUAGAUCAGUACUACGGAGCCAGAGCAACCAAGACGUAUUAUGCGGGUUGUAGCACGGGGGGACGUCAAGGUUUUCAAAACGCGCAUUUAUAUCCCAAGGACUUCGAUGGGAUGCUCCUUGGAAGCCCGGGUGUCGACUGGUUGUACAUUGUGGCCUCGAAGGGAAUCUUAGCACGACGUAUUGGAUGGCCUCAUCUAAAUUCAUCGAUUUACGUACGUCCGGAGCAGUGGCCAGCCAUUGUCGAAGCACAGAUCAGAGAAUUAGAUCCUCUAGAUGGAGUGACGGAUAGUAUUAUAGAUGAGCCAACGAAGCACCGGUUUGAUCCCGAGAGUUUAGCAUGCGGUACCGGCCUCCUUAACGCCUCAUUUUGCCUUAGCCCACAACAGGUGGAGGCUGUGCGUAGAGCGUAUGAGCCGAUCAUCAGUGCCUCGGGUCAAGUCGUUUAUCCAGCUUUCGAACUAGGCUCCAAGACUGACGUAUUCUCCGAGAAUCAGGAGAACGGGACAGCUAAGUUGGGUUAUACGAUCCUUGAAGACUUCUGGCGUGGCGCGAUUUUCAAUAAUACCCAUUGGACACCAGAGAAUUUUAAUGAGUCGGACAUGGAUUUUGCUGUAAGCAUCAACCCAGGACAAGUCAAUGCUGCUGAAAAGGACCUGUCGAGUUUUUAUCGUAGAGGUGGUAAGAUUAUCUCGUAUCAUGGGAGGAAUGAUGAGACUGUAACAUCUGCUCUCUCCGAACAAUUCUUUACCGGGGUUCAAGCCGCGCUGAACCUUACAUUGCAAGAUAUGCAUAGUUUCUAUCGACUAUUCUUCCUUCCCGGUAUGCAUCAUUGCUCAGGGGGGCUCGGCCCCUGGAGUAUAGGGAACGCGCAAAAGUAUCCGUACGACAAGACGCUACUGGAUUCCAAACAUAAUGCACUUAUCGCGUUGGUUAACUGGGUCGAAAAUGGGAUGGAGCCGGAAACAAUCGUCGGCACAAAGUACGAAAAUGAUAUUAUUGGAGGUAGUAUCAUGGCACAACGAACGUACUGUCCCUAUCCUAUGGUUAGCAAAUGGGACGGCAUGGGUGAUGCAAACCUAGCAACUAGCUGGGAAUGCGUUUUAUGA